UAUACAUUUGUUUUUAUUUUAAGGGUGUUUAAUAUGUGUGUGGGGCAUAUUUAGGUUUGUGCAUCUCAAUCUUAUGUUGUUUUAAUUCAAAUCCAUUGUGAUGGUGUGUAGAGGCAAAAUCAUAAAUACUCAAGUACCUCUGAACCUACCUGCAAAACAGAAGCAAAUAUAUGCGACUUUAGACUGAUCUCAUUUUAUUCAAACACAUAAGUUGAAUACCCCUGAAAAAGCAAAAACACUGGGAUCACGUUGGCUUAUUGACACAGAGUCCUCGCAGUUCAAGUGUCUCUGGGGGGCUGCAUAUGGAACAUGGCUUUGGGUAGCAUGGGAACAGGCAGGAGAGGUCUGGGAAAGGAAGCAGGCUGUCCAUUGCUGUUGCGCAAUGAACUUAGAUUAGACUGGAACGAUACAAAAUCCGAAAAAACAGAGGCUGUGACUGGCUGUCCAUCUGUUACUGUAACUUUGCUGCUGGAUGCAUCGGGUCAUUGUACUUUUCAUCGAUAAGGGGAAUUACAACCGUUAACCAACAACAUAGAUGGUAUGUAUGUAUGUUAUUCCUUUUGCUUGAAAUGAUUCAAUGUGAAAAAAAAUGUAUGUAUGUUGUGCUUAACACCUAAGAUUUGUUAAAUGAAAGAAGGAAAUGCAUGCAAGUAGGCUUUUACUCCUUCCAAGCAAUAUUCUGUCCUUUUUCUAUGUGCUACCUUUUUUUUUUUUACAGUAUCCAGCCUCAGUACUACUGUGGCCUCGCCUCACAGUCACUGGGGAAGGUCCAUGCGCUCACAAAUUUAAUGACAGAUGUGUGCACACUUUAAAAAAAAAAGAACAUGUUUCCUUUCACAGUAUGUUUUCACUGUCUGCUUUUGACAAAAUAUAUUAAUUAAUCCACAGGAAGCAGAUGGCCAUGAAUUCAGUGUCACACAGAUUGUUUUCUGUUUUACUAUAUCUGUCUCUGGAGACACACUUUUGAAAGUGGUGAAUAUAGUGCCAAUGAUUCAAACGUCAAAACAAUUUUAGUGUUUAAAGUUUGGUCUUGACCGUGAUGAUGCCCAUUCAUUAUUUUUGACCAUGUUUGUUUAUUUCAACAGAUGGUGUUUACUUACAUACUGCUAGCAUUUGUUUUCUUCUGCACAGGGCUGUCUGUGAAAGUUAUCGAGCCAUGUGACAAGCAUAUGUUUGAAAGCAAUGUUCACAUCUGCCGCUCCGCUUUUAACAAGAGCAUGGAGACAAGCGGCUAUCAUGAAGGAUGCCCAUGGCCAGCUGUAAAACGCACCUACAAUACACUGAAGUUUUGUGUGGAUCACUGGGCAAAUACUUCUAUGUGUCGGAGUCGGGGGUCGCUGGUGGAUGACUUUUUCCAGGAGAUCCAUCAGAAGUACUUUGCAUCCUGUGGACAGGUCCAUGACCCUCCACUCACUACUCUGAUCAUGCUAAUUGCACCAGGUGUCAUUACCACUCUUUUCCUGCCCCUUCUGUGCAUCAAACUCACCACACGGGAAUAGAGAUGUCUAUUUCUGACAACUGGACAAAGGAGUAUUGAGUCUUGAGUCAGAAGUUCAAUCAUUAUGAAGUGUAAAUACAAAAGUAGUCGAACUGUAUCCUGUAUUCAUGCCUGUUUGUUGUGAAUCGUGUAAAAUAUUCUUCUAUUAAAUCUUGAGUGUAAUGAGUCACAAAGUUGUACUUUUUUUUUAGUUGUAUUGCUCAAUUAUAAUUUUUAGAAUGUGCAAUGGGCCAUUAAAAAAAACAAAACAAAAACAGCCACAGGCCGCAAAUGACUCCCAGGCCACACUUUGGACACCCCUGCUUCAAGUCCUGUAAUAUGAAUCUCACCGUUAUCAAACACAUUUUAUGUGUCAAAUCUGAUAUGUAUGCAAUGCAACUGAUAAUAAAUAAUCUUCAAUAUAAGUUAAGUAACAAAACAUGGUUUAAUAAGGUUUUUUAAGUGUGCAGGAGUAAGGGGUACAUGGUUUCAGGUCAAAUGUCAAGGGGUACGUGACUGUAACAAGUUUGGGAACCACUGAUCUACAGUUUAUAGCAGAGAGAAAUACACAAAUAUACAUGGUCGUGAACUGAAUACCAGGCAUCUUUCUAUUUUUUGUCAGUGUUAACAAAACCACAACGACAACAAUUGUUGUUUUGGCUAAAUGAUUCAAAUCAAAGCACUGAAAUGCAUGUUUUUGUAUUAUAUAUUCAGAUUAUCUGAAAUAUUUUGAGUUUACAAUAGAUGUAAACUCUAUGACCCGUAGCAUUUCAGUAUUCCACUGUGGGGUUUUUUGUGUUUUCUUGUUUUUUGCAUUACCUCAUGUCAAUACCAUAUAUCAAGAAGCCACACGUGACAGUUUGACGUUUGUUACAGAGCAACACGCAAGCUAUUUAUUCCUGGUUUAGACCAGGUUUUUAUUUUUAAAUCAAUGUCAAAUGUUGCCUCACUGCUGGGUGUGUCAUUCUGUACAUUGGCAUAAUAACCAUGCUUUUAAAUUUGGCUCAACUUUUUUUAGUCACUGUAAUGAAAAACCUUACGUGAUAAAACAUGAGCAGUCUUGAGAGCAUCCAGAAUGUGCAGCUUCAAAAUGUUUGCUUUACAGAAAACAUUGGUUUGACGUUACUGUUGAAGGUAUAAUAAUAAUACUGUACGUAUGACGUAUGACCUGACAUCAAGAGUUGA